AUGACCAGUAGACAAAGUCACUGGAGCGAAGCAAUCAAACUAUUGCCAAUUGUUAAUCGAUGCAAAACAACUGAAAACAACCUCAAAGAUAUGCUAACCAUUUACUCGAGCUGUUACGUUGCGUUUAUCACAUAUCAACAGCUUCCUGAGAUCAAUUUUAAAUUUUGCACGAAUGAAAUUUCAAAGAUACUAGCCGAGGCCCACAAAACAAACACAAAUUUAUUCCUUGAGUUAAUGAACGACCUUCUUGGAUCGAAUAAGAAUUUUCGCAUUCUCCUUUGGAAGCAUUUGGAUGGCACCGAUUCCCUUAUUAGAUCUUUGACAGGAAUGCUUCAAAAUUGUAAAAAUGUGAACAACAUCAACGAAUUUAAUGAAAAUAACUGUGCAAACUGUUUAUUUCUGAUCAAUAUGGACGUGAAGAACAAAACUAAGUACUCACUUUUGUAUGUAAAAGCAUGGAUGGCAGCAAUCAAAAACACCAACGACCAGAAUGCAGCCGGGGUGAUAACCAAAUUGUUAACUUUAGUUUAUUUUCUGAUUAAAGUAGUCAGCGAUGGUAGCUUAGAACAAUUUGAGGUCUAUUUAAUAGAUGUCUUGCAAAAGCUCACACGAAUCCUUCAAACACAAAGCUACACUGCACCUUGGUGCAUAUUUUCCGCUGUUAUCGCCUGCAAUACCAUAUUCCGGUAUUGUUUCGAGUUUAGCAAAAAGCUGAAAAAGGAAUGUGUAGAUCCCAUGCAUGAUAUGUUAGAGGCUCUGUUUGAAAUUGUGCAACUUGCAAAUUCAGAAGCAAGUUGGGGUAAAAAGUAUUGCUUGGACUGCGACGACUAUGUGCCUCAUUUGAAAUGGAGCUUGUGCCAUUUAUCAGCCUUUAAUCUUCGGAAAUCGAUACAAUUAGAGGUGAAGAACGAUAAAUUUGGUAAAUUAUUUGAAAAGAUUUUGGAAAAUGCAAUGCAGACACAGAUCAAAUCUACAUGCCGAGAGCUGAAAGGCACUGUGGAGCACGCCUUGUGGGAAUGUUGCAACUUCAUUACAUCGAGCAUACAAAGCAAAAUGUUCGUUGAUAUAGCGUACAGAUCACUGGUUACAUGGCGAAGAGUUGAAAGUAUACGUGAUCAUCUUAAACCUUCACAAGUUGUCCAUUUCUUCAAGCAUUUGUUGAAGUUGAAUGGGCGUUUUCGCGAAGCCAUUGAAAUGCAGUGUUUACAUAUUGUACAUUUGCUGAAUAAUCCUGAAACGAAACGCCUCACUGUUCUCGAUGAAAUUGCGGUGUGCUGUUCCAAUUAUAAAGAUGCCAAAGUUAGUUUUGAAACAAGCAUAUGUGAUAUUCUAGAUAAAGCAAAUUUUGAUAUGGAAAUGCCGGCCUACGACCGGAAACUAGUCAAGCGUCUUCAGCUACAAGCAACCACAACUUACGCUGGGAUCGAUCCAAGUUUCAAAGUAGCACUAGCGAAAAAAAUUAUUAUGGAAACCUACGACGAAGUAGAAUUGGCGCAUAUCGUGAAAGCCAUUGGUAAAUUGUCUUUCCCAGAGCUUGAAGCCAAAGUCCAAUCAUCGGUUGAGAGUUUGAAACGAAAAAUACUGGUAGAGAAAGACGAUCAUCAAAAGCAACUUGCAUUAGGCAGACUGCUCACUUGCCAUUAUAAAUUUAUUCUGGAAAGAAAGAAAGGAAUGACGGGCAAGAAGUACUUCAAAGAAAAUACAUUCCAUGAAAUUGAACUGGAAGAACUUAAAAAGUUCGACAUAUACUCUGAGAACUCAAUGUUGGAAGUUCUUGUCACGGCUAGAGAAUGCUUUGAGCAGUUUUUCAGCAAAGCGGAUCUCGUUCCCUCAGACUUCGAUUGGAAUGAUAUUAUCGACGAUGUGUCCUUGCUUGCGCGGCACUUUACACUGCGUGGUUAUUUAGACCAUGGAUAUAACAGUUGGAUCCUUAUAUUCAAGAUCGCGGACAGGCAUAAAUUACCCCUAAAUAAGAUCCGUAGUGUAUCAUUUUUCGCAGAAUAUUCCAAUGUAAUCGAAAAUAUCGACAACGCUAUUGAUUUGCCGUCAGUAAUCAACUCAGUAUCCGAGGAUUUGAUAUCACACUAUCAGGAAUUAGAUAAAUAUUCCCCGCGACAACAAAAUUAUAUUCUCUUAGCAAUACUAAACAUAGCUAGCUACUACUCUCGGCAAAAGGACUUGAAAAAUGCUCACAUGCUUGCUGAACUGGUGCGUGAUGCACGAAGCAAAUUGAAGAAUCGCGAGAACAGUUCGGAAUUGAUUAGCAUUUAUUUAUUGGCUUUUAAUUUCAAUAUGAUUUCGUGUUUGAGUGAGGAGAAAGUCGCCAAUUCAGCUUCUCCUUACUCUUACAUUCAUGGGAUUCUGGAUGCAAUAGCAAAUGCGAAAUACGUAACCUCAGAGGAUUCAAUAAAUAUGCCUACAUUUUUAUUCCGGCUUAUCGUGGACAUGACUUCCUUCACUUUGAGUCGACUAUGUUCCCCUCCAAUUCGACCGCUCUUAUUUUCAAUUCUCAACUGGAUGGAGGAUUUUACGCUUGGCUUGCGAAUGGCACAAAUUGUUCUGUUAUUGGCAGCAGUUGAUCUUCAGAUGGAACGCAUUGAUAACUUCCAAGCAAAGGUAACCAUUCUCAGUACCCUUCUGGCUAAACAACCCCGAACCUUCUUGAGAAAAAACUGCAGCGAAAAACCGAAAAGCACCUUUUUAACUGAGGAAAUAAUCGACAUGUACGAUUUAGCGGUUGAACCAGCUAGGAGAGUACCUCUUUCCCCCAUGAAUAUCCAGAGACAACCGUACAUUCAAUCUGAUAAAACCGCUAGUUCAGAAUAUCUCCUGGAACAUCCGAAUCAAUGUACGUGCCACUUCUGUUUGAAUCCACCAUUCCAAAUGAUAGGAUUCGAAUUAGCAUGUCUGCUGGCACAAGACCAUUACAUAAAUGGCGACUAUUUGGAUAGCGAGUCAGUUUUGCUGCAAUCGCUUAACUGGUGGAAGAAGAAAGUUAAACAGCCUUCGUUAGAAUGCAUGUGGUUCGACAGCAUAUUUCGAAUGCUGGUUUUGUACAUAAACACUUGUCGACAAAUGAGCAUGUUUGAUAAAACCUUACAAGCUAUAGCAGAAGCGCGAGCAUUCCUGAAAAAGUACGGGAAAGAUUCGGAUGAAUCGUACGCAGCUAUCUUAGCAGAAACUGAAUUAUGCAUUUUGGACCUACAACGAUCGCAUGAAACAUCUGAAGAAAUGAUACAAAAGCAGCAACCAGCGUCCACCGAACUGAAAACACCCAAACCAAACAAAAGUAGAAUCAAACCACUAAAUAUUGUUACGGUUUCAUUGUCUCGCAAGAAUAUGCCAUCACAUAUUGCCUCCAAUGGAAAUGAUUUAAAUAUCGUAACAGAUUUAAUAAGCGAUUGGAACUUGUCGGACAACGAAGGCAAAGAAAAUAUUCCCAUCUUUAAGAAAAAAUCAAAGACUGAAGUUAAAGUUCCAACAACAUCUAGAACUGGGAAAGCAGCUAGGAAAAAAGUUUGCAACGACUCAAUAUCACCAGAACCUCUUCCAAACCCGCCAGCGUCUUCAUCUAAAAAUGGUAUCGAUAAAGUCGAAAAAGAUGUAGAAAUUGUUGAAGUGGACAAUGUCAAUAGCUUGAAAUCAAAAAGUGGCAGCAAUCGACGGGAAUGCAAAUUGAAAAACGAAAUCGACAAUAUAACCACAACACAACGAAGAGGGCGGAAAAAAAUUGCAGAGCAAACGGAUCCUGCUGCGAAUAUUAGAAAAAUUACUACUAGGAGAAGGCAAUGUUGAGACAGAUGCCGUAGCGCCAUUUUUAUUCUAUUUAUUUAUUUUAAUGAAUGUUUUGUUUGAUUCAUUAUAGGAAUGUGUAAAAUGUAAUAAUGUUAUAUAUU